AUGGCAACACAUCCCGUCCACCAAGCGCUGCCCGGGCCAGCCUAUGCCGCUCCUGAUCAGCAUGUUGAGGACGCGGCGGCGGCGGCAGCACACGCGGCGGCAUCCGCACGCGACGCGGCCGCUCACGUCGCGGGGCUUGCAGCCUACUACACCUGCCCCCGCUGCCAGCUGGACCGCCCCGUCGUCGAGUUCCUUCUGGGCGACACCUCGGCGCCCACGCUCAGCACCCACUGCCACGCCUGCAUGUACCAGCAGCGGAGCGAGGCGAUGCAGCAGCUGCUGGCGGCGCAGGUGGUGGAUCCAACGGCGGCCCUGCCCCACCACCAGGCGGCCGCCGUGGCGGCAGGCCUGCACUUGCAGGAAGGCGCCGUGCUGCCACCAGCCGGCGAGGCCGCCCACUUCCUGCAGCAGCAGCAGCAGCAUUCGCUGGCGGAAGCCGCAGCGCUGGCAGCGGCGGCGGCGGCGACAGCGGCGGCGGCACAACAGCAGCAGCAGCAUGAGCAGCAGGUGAGGAACGGCUUGGGCAGCGGCGCCAUGGCAGCCUGGGGUCUGAGUCAGGACGGAGACGGCAGGGCAGGCUUUGGCGGCGCGGAAGCUGCCGCUGUGCCCUCGACCCACGCUGCGACUGCAGCAGCAGCAGCAGGGGCACAGGCUGGUGCUGUUCGGAAUCUGGAGCCGGGCGAUGGCAGCCCAGCGCUGUUGCCAGAGAAGACGUGCAUGCACUGCGGGGGCACCAAGCCAGUGAGCAGCUUCCGGGGCAGCAACAGCAGGGACGACCGGCUGCAGAACCGUUGCAAGGAUUGCGAGGCAGAGCUGGGGUGGGGAGCAAAGCGCGACAAGGGCGCUGCCCCCGUGGUGAAGGUGUCCCACAAGCUGUGCCGGCGGUGCGGCCAGGACAAGGCUGCGCCUCUGUUCUUCACUUCCAAAACGUCGCUGGACGGGCUGUGCACCUACUGCAAGGAGUGUCAGAAGGGGCUGAACCAGGCGGCGAGGCUGAAGAAGCGGGUCAGGGCCGGCCCUGAGGAGGCGCAGGUGGCUGAGGAGAAGGAGUGCCGGCUGUGCAAGGAGACCAAGGCCGCCGCCGACUUCUUCCGAUCCAAGGACAAUGCGGAUGGCCUCUUCUCCUACUGCCGCCCGUGA